AUGAAAAAACACUUGUUUCUUUACAAUAGUUGGGUUAAAAAUGACUUGCUCCUUUUUUAUGGUUCUGUUUGUUUAUUCGCUUUUUAUGUCAACUUUUAGUGUGUGCAGAGAGACGAUAUGCAUUGGAAGUGAGAGAGAGACACUGUUGAAGUUGAAGCAUCAUCUCACAGAUCCUUCAAAUAGGCUUUCUUCUUGGAAUGUCUCUGUGAAUCCCAAUUGCUGCGAGUGGGAUGGAGUUGUCUGCAACAACUUUACAUCUCAUGUUGCAGAGCUUCAUCUCAGAACUUCAUUUCCUGAUUUCGAUUAUCCAUUAUAUUACGAAGAUUACGAAGAAGCAUUGGAAGAUCACAGUAGACGGGCCUUGGGUGGAGAGAUAAAUCCUUGUUUGGUUGAUUUGAAGCAUUUGAAUUACUUGGAUCUCAGCGGCAAUCAUUUUCCAAGUACUCCAAUUCCUUCCUUCAUUGCAACAAUAACUUCUUUAACACACCUCAAUCUUUCUUAUGCUGGAUUCAUGGGAAAUAUUCCUUCUCAGAUUGGAAAUCUCUCCAAUUUGCUCUAUCUUGACCUCUCUUAUGUUGCCAACGGAACAAUUCCUCCCCAGAUAGGGAGUCUCUCCAAUUUACUCCACCUCCACCUCAGAGGUGGAUAUUAUGAAGAAUCUUUGUUUCUUGAAAAUAUUAAUUGGCUAUCAAGUCUUUCCAAAAUUCGUUAUCUUACAUUGAGCAGCAUUUGGUCACGUAGAGGAGGUAUGCUAAUUCCUUCUUCUCUUGGUUCAAUGAACUCCUUAGUUCACUUGGACCUCUCUUAUUCUGAAUUCAUCGGCAACUUUCCUCCUCAGAUUGGAAAUCUUUCUAAAUUAGUGUAUCUAGACCUAAGCGGUGCUGCCAAUGGAACACUUCCCUCUCAAAUUGGAAAUCUCUCUAAUUUGUUGUAUCUUGACCUUGGAAGUGAUCUAACUUCGAUUCCUAAAAAUGUUGACUGCUUGUCAAGGCUUACAAAGCUUGAAUAUCUUGAUUUAGGAGGUGCAAACCUAUCCCAAUCAUUUCAAUUGCUUCAUACCCUCCAAGCUCUUCCUUCUUUGAUGCACCUAUAUUUGUCGAGAUGUACACUUCCUCACUACAAUCAACCAUCAUUUCUUAACUUCUCGUCUCUCCUCACUCUUGAUCUUUCUGAGGUUUAUUAUCAUUCUGCAAUUUCAUUUGUUCCAAAGUGGGUAUUUGGACUGAAGAAACUUGUUUCUCUAUUUUUAUAUGCUAACAACUUUGAAGGUCCAAUUCUUGAUGAUUUUCGAAACCUCACACUUCUUGAAAAUCUUGAUUUGAAGGAAAAUUCAUUUUCAUCUUCUAUACCUCAUUGGUUUUAUAGUAGUUUUCCUCAUCUCAAGUUCUUGGACCUAUCAUAUAACAACCUACAAGGAAAUAUUUCUGAUGCCUUAGGAAAUGUGACUUCUCUAGUUACACUUGAUAUGUCAAACAAUCAACUUGAAGGUCCAAUUCCAACUUCUUUUGGUUCUCUUUGCAACUUAAGGGUGAUACAAUUCUCAUAUCUCAAACUCAAUCAGCACAUUAAUGAAAUUUUAGAUAUUCUUGCUCCUUGUAUUUCCCAUGGACUCAAAACACUUGAAGUUAGAAGUUCUCAAAUUUCAGGUAAUCUAACAAACCAAUUUGAGGUUUAUAAAAAUAUUGCCACACUAAAUUUUUAUGAAAACAAAAUUGGUGGAGAACUCCCAAUAUCACUCGGAAAACGUUCAUCACUAAGAUCUCUUUCUCUAUCCUAUAAUCAGCUUAGAGGAAAUCCAUUUGAAAGUCUUAGACCACUCUCUGAAUUGUCAUAUCUUGAUAUUGGUUAUAAUAAUUUUGAAGGAGUUGUCACGAAAGAUCAUCUAACAAAUCUUACGAGUUUGUAUGAGUUUUUUGCACCAGGAAACAAUUUGACUUUAAAAGUGGGUCCAAAAUGGUAUCCUACUUUUCAACUUACUUAUUUGGAUAUGAACUCUUGGAAAUUAGGUCCCAACUUUCCUUCAUGGAUUCAAUCACAAGACAAACUUAAUUAUUUAGCGAUGCCUAACACGGGAAUUUUGGAUUCUAUUCCCUAUUGGUUUUGGAAAACAUUUUCUGAAGCUUCUUUUCUAAAUCUCUCUCAUAAUCAUAUCCAUGGUGAGCUUCAGACUACUUUAAAGAAUCCAAUAUCUAUAAUUGGUGUUGAUCUAAGUGCAAAUAAGUUAAGUGGCAAAUUUCCUUACCUUUCAAAUGGUGUGGGUUUUUUGGACCUUUCAAGCAAUUCAUUCUCCAAAUCCAUGGAUGAUUUUUUAUGUAAAGGUCAAGAGAAGCCAAUGAAAUUAGAAUUUCUCAAUCUUGCAUCGAAUAACUUAUCAGGGGAAAUACCAGAUUGUUGGGACAUCUGGCCAUAUCUAAUGGAUGUAAAUUUACAAAAUAAUAAUUUUGUUGGAAACAUUCCCCAAUCCAUGAGUUCCUUAAUAGAGCUAGAAUCAUUAAGCAUCCGUAAAAACUUGCUUUCGGGAACAUUUCCUACAAUUUUGAAAAAGACCAAUAAAUUGAUUUUGUUGGAUCUUGGAGAAAAUAAUUUUUCAGGAACAAUUCCAACUUGGGUUGGAGAAAGUUUUUUAGAUAUGAAGGUUCUUAUCCUUCGAUCAAAUAGAUUUUCGGGUCAUAUUCCUAAUAAAAUAUGUGAUAUGAGUCUUCUUCAAGUGUUAGACUUUGCACAAAAUAAUUUGACUGGAAACAUACCUACUUGUUUUAACAGUUUGAAGACCAUGACACAGAUGAACAAAAGUACAAAUGCUCUUAUCUAUUGUUCUGCUAUAAACUAUACAUUUGAAUAUUCAGAUUAUCCUGUAAUCAGUGUUCUUCUUUGGUUGAAAGGAAGAGGAGAUGAAUACAAAAACUUUCUCGGGUUGGUAACAAGCAUUGAUUUGUCGAAUAACAAAUUAGUAGGAGAAAUACCGAGAGAAGUCACAGAUUUAAAUGGUUUGAUGUUUUUGAACUUGUCCCACAACCAAUUUAGUGGUCACAUUCCACAGAAUAUCGGUAAUAUGGAAUCAUUGUUGGCCAUUGAUUUUUCAAGGAAUAAACUUUCUGGUGAAAUCCUCCAACCAUUUCAAAUUUGAGCUUUCUAAGCAUGCUAGACUUGUCUUAUAAUCAUUUGAAUGGAAAAAUUCCAACAGGAACUCAAUUGCAAACCUUUGAUGCCUCAAACUUUAUUGGCAACAAUCUAUGUGGCCCACCACUACCCAUCAGUUGCAUCUCCAAUGACAAAAGCUAUGAUCAGAAUGGCAAAGGGAGUGAUGAUAGGCAUGGAGUGAACUUAUUUUAUAUAGCAACGUAGGGUGGUUGGGAGGCAACGGCUGAAAUUUUUGGCUAUUUCAAAAAUACAGGGUAUGAAAGAAAAAGGGGGGAGAACCGUUUGAAAGGGGAGAACACAGAGGGAGAUAAUAAGAUGAAGAAGAAAAAGGCAACAAGGAAGGGAGGGAAAGAAGCAGCUCGAACAAAGAAAGAUUUGGGGCUACAACACAAGCUAAAAAGCUCCGAGGUAAGUCCUGCACCUCCAAUACUUGAGUGAGCAUGAUGUAGGUGUGUUAGGUGUCAUGUUUCGUUAAAAUCCUUGAAUGCCAUGAAUGAAGAUGAGAUGAUGUAUCUGUGUGCGUGGCAUUAUCUGUUUAUCUAUGCAUGCAUAUAUUGCUCAUAGUUGUUACUUAAGUGCGGGGAAGGAGAAUACGUCUGAACACCACCUUCAUACUUUACACGCUUCAUUCUCUCUCUUCACCUGUGCAAGCGUAACACCCAAACCAGUUUCAUCCACUACCCCAUCAUCCUCUCUGUUUCACCAUCAUUCUUCACCACAUAACCAAACAGAUUCUCACCAUUUUUACUCGUUCAUCCUAACACAGUUUGGAUCAUUAAUACACCAGAAAACUUAUCACCACCUUCUUCCCGUCGCACUCAACACAAACACACGAUUCUUCCAUCAUCAUUUUCACAUUCACCUGCAUAAAAAACCAAAUAAAAAGCAGAUUAACUAUCCUCCAUCGUUAGCCCCCGCUCCAACGUUUUCAUAACACACCAAACCCUCGCGUCUCAAAACCCAAAAAUCCAAAUUCCAGAACAGAGAAACAGAGAAGAAAGAGAAAUCGCUGGCGGCAUUGCCCCCGGCGAGUCGGACAUUGAAUGGGCUGAAUGAUGGCAGCUCCGUCACGGUUGGGAGCACUGUAGUGGGGUUCUGUGAUGCGGAUUCCAAACCUUGGUGACUCGCGUAAGAAGAAGAAUGAGAGGCUUGGGGCGCAGCGGAGGCGAUCUGGGUCGCGAAGGCCAGGGGUUGGGUUUCCAUGGUGCUCGUGUGUCCCAAUCACGGUGGCCGGUACGGCGACGGCUCCGGUGUGAAACGGAGGUGGUGGCAGCGACGUUGGUUGGUCGUCAGAGCCGCGAAAGACGCAGUAGCCAACUGGUUCUGUGGUGCGCGAGAACGAAGACGUCGAGCCUCCGGCGGAGGUCGUUGGUGGCGGCUAAAAUGCAGACGCGGUCCCAGGGUUUGGAGUUGUGGUGGUGGCGCGGUGAAGCAGAGACAGAGGUGAACGGUGACAGGGGUUGGAGUUGUGGUGGUGUCGAGAAGGAGAGGCUGCCGUGAAUGGAGGGUGAUAUUGUUGGUCCGAGCACAUGUAGGAGAAGGGAAGAAACCCCUGUAGGUUUCUGUUCGUGAAGAAGAUGAAUACCCACGGGAGUUGGAGUCUUUGCACACAUGAAGGACUUGGGCUGAACGUUUCUGCUCUACACACUCCUAUUUUUUAAUCUUUGCACCUUACUUUUAUGUGUGGCCUGAUGUGUAUUUCCUCUUUCUUUGUGCAGCAUCCUGUUUUACUGAUCUUACUCCCCACGUUUUAUUGUCAUUUUUGGGCUUCUUUUCUUUCUUUACUUCCCGCACCUUUAACUCAUUUCUCUCACCCUCCUUUGCUUUGGAAACUCCUUUGUGCACCUCCAUAGUUGCUGAUCUCGCACCGUUUGUUUUGGAUCUAAUUGUGUUUGCUGUUUGCACCCCCAAAUUUCACACAUUUCUUUUUUUUAAUCUA